CCCGGCUAAAACUGAUGUUUUUGCUAGUUUAUCGAUGAUGUAAUCGGCGCAUAAAUUGUUUACCCGCGAAAACUCAAUUUUGCCAUCACAACUAGUCGCCGGCAUGUCGACUAGCUCGACCAGCGACGUACCGGCAAGUUCCGAUGAAGGAUUCCGGCCUCCGAAAUCGGCCAUGGUUUCAGGCGAUCCUAGCGAUUUUUCUUCUUCUUCCUCCUCUUCCAUUUCAGGUGUGACUCAGGCCUUCCAUUUCUCCUCUGGAAACCCAAGAAUCGAGGAGAUCAGAGGGGUCGUACAUCUAUUCCGAGAUGAAGUUUUCUCGUCUUCCUCGACCUCGCCUUCUAGUCUCCAUGUCGAGAGGAAGCCUCUUGUUUGUGUUCUUGGAGUGCCAAAUCAUAUGACUUAUGCUGACUUUUGCCAGUUUUGUGGUUCAUUCAUUCAAGAAAUUUUGGAGAUGCGAGUUGUCAGAGGCGAUGGGAUGGAGGACAGAUACAGUAUACUAAUCAGAUUUCGCAGUCAAGAUUCAGCAGAUAACUUCUACAAGCAUUUAAACGAGAGGCGAUACUCAUCACUGGAGGCAGAAGUUUGUCGUGUGCUUUUCAUGGUUGAUGUUCAAUACACAGCCUCAAUUGAACAUGCUCAAGCAUCUCCUGUAAGUUCAACUGAGCAGCCAACAUGUCCGGUCUGCCUGGAUAGAUUGGACCAAGAUACAAGUGGAAUUCUCACCACUAUCUGCAAUCAUUCCUUCCAUUGUUCAUGUAUUUCAAAAUGGACUGAUUCCUCUUGUCCGGUGUGUAGAUAUUGUCAGCAGCAGCCUGAGAAAUCAGUAUGUUUUGUUUGCCAGACUUCUGAAAACCUGUGGAUUUGUGUCAUCUGUGGCUUUGUUGGCUGUGGCAAGUAUAAAGAAGGGCAUGCUAUAGUACAUUGGAAAGAUACGCAGCACUGUUAUUCUCUUGAAUUAGAAACUCAACGUGUAUGGGAUUAUGCGGGAGAUAAUUAUGUCCAUCGAUUGAUCCAAUCCAAAACGGAUGGGAAACUGGUUGAGUUGAAUUCAUAUUGUGCUCAUGCAAAUGAUGGGUGCAUGAGUUGCGGUGGUGAAGAUGCUGCAACUAGUGAGGCUCUUUUGAACAGUAGAGUUGAACUUAUUGUCAACGAGUACAAUGAACUGCUUACCAGUCAACUUGAGAACCAAAAACUAUAUUUUGAGUCACUGCUACAAGAAGUCAAAGAAGAUACUGAAAGAGAAAAAUCUAUAGCUGUUGAGAAGGCCAUCAAUCAAAAACUGCAGAAGCUGCAGGCUAAGCUGGAUAGGUGCAUCAAGGAAAAAAAAUUUCUAGAUGAUCUGAAUGAGAAUCUCUUGAAAAACCAGGAGAUAUGGAAGACAAAGAUCGUUGAAAUGGAAGAAAGGGAAAAAAAGACUUUAGAAGCAAAGGACAACAAAAUACAGGAUUUAGAAGGGCAGCUUGGAGAACUUAUGACAUACCUCGAAACUGGUCAGCAGCAGAUGGAGCAACUAUCAGUAUCAAGUGAGGCAAGUGAUGCCAGUCUUCUUCAAGUAUCAGCAGCAGAGCCAUCUACUAAGAACAAUGGCAAAGGAAGCUCCAAGUCCAACAACAAGAGAAGAAGCUAAACUCGACGCCGACGAUUCCAACUCUAUACUUUUUCGUGGUAGCUUGUAAAUAAACACUCCCAGAUGAACUUGUCAACAGUAUUCAAUGUUAGCAAUUAAGGCCCUUGUAAGUAAAGUGAGAAAUACUUUUGCAGCAAUAAAAGGUCUAGUUACUUGUAUUGUGC